GGUUGGGCCCGCCGGCCUUCCCGGUGCUGCCGGUCCGGACCAGCGCUUGGCUGCUCUCGGGGAUGCUGCACCUGUCCAGUUCGGGAGGGGAUAAAGGAAGUGUGUUUACCAAGCGAAAGGUGCCAGUUGAGUUCUCUUACCCACCCCUGAUUCCAGGAGAUGGACAUGCCAGCCAUACUUUACCUGAAGAAUGGAAGUAUCUGCCCUUCCUUGCCUUACCAGAUGGCGCGCACAACUACCAGGAAGAUACUGUGUUUUUUCACUUGCCACCCAGAAAUGGAAACGGAGACACAGUAUACGGUAUCUCUUGCUAUCGACAAAUUGAAGCCAAGGCAUUGAAAGUAAGGCAAGCCGAUAUCACCAGAGAGACCGUUCAGAAAAGUGUUUGUGUUCUAAGCAAGCUGCCUCUCUAUGGCUUACUUCAAGCAAAGCUUCAGCUCAUUACACACGCGUAUUUUGAAGAGAAGGACUUUUCCCAAAUUUCCAUUCUAAAGGAGCUUUAUGAACAUAUGAAUAGUUCCUUGGGAGGAACUUCGUUAGAAGGAUCCCAAGUGUAUCUUGGUCUGUCUCCUCGAGAUCUUGUCCUUCAUUUUCGACACAAGGUCUUAAUCCUGUUUAAAUUAAUUCUUCUGGAAAAAAAGGUUCUUUUUUAUAUCUCUCCAGUGAAUAAAUUGGUGGGUGCGCUGGUGACUGUGUUGUCCCUUUUUCCAGGCAUGAUUGAGCACGGUCUCCGUGACUCUUCGCAGUACAGACCCCGCAGAAGCGUGUCUGAAGGUGCUGGGCUUCCGGACGGUAAUCUCCCUGCAGACGACUCUCUUCCUGGGCCUGGCUCUGCUGCUGACUUUUCAAAGGCCAGUCUGGGAACUGGCGAGAAAAUCAUGGCCAGAGACCAUGGAGGAAGUGCUGCCAUCGAGACCAAAGAGCACAGCAAAAGACAAGAACUCGGUAGCGGUCAGUAUUUGAAACCUCCAUCUCGUCCAUCUCCAGAGUCUUCAGAAAGUGACUGGGAAACCUUGGAUCCUGGUGUCUUAGAAGACCCCAGUUGGAAAGAAAGGGAACAGGCGGGGUCAGACCAGACAGACUUACUUCCAAAGUACUCUGUGCUCUCAGACAGCACUCCAGUCACUGCACAGCCUCAGGCCAAUACAGGCCCCGUGGUCCUGACGCCGGGACUUGUUUCAGGCUUGGAGGAGGACCGGUACGGCAUGCCCCUGGCCAUCUUCACAAAGGGAUACCUGUGCCUGCCCUACAUGGCCCUGCAGCAGCACCACCUUCUCUCCGACGUCACCGUUCGGGGAUUUGUUGCUGGAGCUACCAACAUCCUUUUCCGACAACAGAAACACCUCAGUGACGCCAUUGUGGAAGUGGAGGAAGCUCUGAUCCAGAUCCAGGACCCUGAGCUCCGGAAGCUGCUGCACCCGACCACCGCGGACCUCAGGUUUGCAGACUUCCUGGUGAGGCACGUGACCGAGAACCGGGACGACGUCUUCCUAGACGGCACCGGCUGGGAGGGAGGCGACGAGUGGAUCCGGGCCCAGUUUGCCAUCUACAUCCAUGCCCUGCUGGCUGCCACGCUGCAUCUAGAUAACGAGAAGAUACUGUCGGACUAUGGGACCACUUUUGUUACAGCGUGGAAGAAUACUCACAACUACAGGGUGUGGAACAGCAACAAGCACCCAGCACUCGCAGAAAUAAAUCCAAACCAUCCAUUUCAAGGCCAGUACUCCAUGUCAGACAUGAAGUUACGAUUCUCACAUUCUGUUCAGAAUAGUGAACGUGGCAAAAAAAUUGGAAACGCCAUGGUCACAACCAGCCGGAAUGUGGUACAAACAGGAAAAGCUGUGGGCCAGUCCGUUGGAGGAGCCUUCUCCAGUGCAAGGACAGCUAUGUCGUCCUGGCUUUCAACCUUCACCGCCUCUGCCCCUCAGAGUCUCCCCGAGCCCCCCGACGGGAAGGCCUGAGCGCGACAGGCCGUGUCCACCGUGCCGCGGCCUCGGGACCACACGGGACGGAGGUGGGGCCGUGUCCCUGGGUGGGUGGGCGCCCCGCCUGGACGUCACAGGGACACGCUCAGGGGACCUCAGAUCGACCGCUUCUCUCUAUUCUGAGCCCAGAACCUGCAGUGAACCUUCUGAUGAAUUCUCAGGUUCUGAGAUUGUGUCUGUUUACUUUAGGAAAGUUUUUAUGUAAAUUUUGUGCUGUUUUGCAGUCUGAAUAUACAGAUGCCCGUUAUAAUUUAUAUUUGCCAAAAUUAAGUUAUACUACUAUUUUUCAUUUCUCUGAUGUUGACCGUAAAAUGUGCUCAUCAAGGUAAAGGGCCAUAAAUCCAGCCUUUGUUUCAUGGGUUCUGGGAUUUUUCUUUGCGUUUCCUACCCACGAAGCACAGUGAUCCGUUCCCUCCACGCGAUGCAAGUCAGCAGGAGCUGUGUGUGGGGCACCUGCUUCAGAGGCCGCAGGAGUGGCCGAGGGCCAUCACGGUGUGACUUUGUGGGAGGCACCUGCGCUCAGCUCCCGAGACCUGCGCCGUAGUUUCGUCAGCUCUGGUCACGUUUCAGUCUUUGCCAGCGGUUUUUAACCCGCACUUUGUGCCUUCUCGUUCUUCACUUGAAGUUUCCAGCGUCCUCUUCCUCUUGUUUAGAAAGCUUUUCUAGGCACUCGGCCUUCCUGGUUCCCUCACUGAAAAUCCUCCUGCAAGUCAUCGCUUGCCUUCUCCUAGAAGUAUUUGUAAAAGAAAAGCAAAUGACCCGUAAAUAUUAGAAAUCUCAGCUGGGAGUGAUGAUGUGCACCUUUGAUCCCAGCACUCUGGGGGCUGAGGCAGGAGGAUCCUACCCUGGACAACUUUGCGACUUAGUCCUGUCUGAGAAAUAAGAAUAAAGGCCAGGGACGUAGCCCAGUUUGAAGGCUCUGUUCAGUCCCCGCACCACCCAGAAGAGGGGGACUCUCAGCUUAGCUCACACUUAGUAAACCGCAAGGCGAGCGGCGAAGACCACAGCCCUGCCCUUUGGCCCCGUGCCCAGGACACCUGGUUUGGGGGUCCCACCGGAGUACACGUUUCCGUGCUGCCUUCCGGGGGCCUGGGGGUGGGAGCUGCGAGGGAGCAGACUGCCCUUCCGCAGCAGGGCCCUGGGAGGCCCCGGCAGGGUCGCCCCGUCUGUGAGGAGGACGGGUUCGGUGCUGCCUGUGCUGGGGCACGCGGUGGGUGGGCCGGGUGUGAGCACGAGUCCAGGACGCCUACAAGCCUGCUUGUGUCUGAGCUCAGCAGAGGCCCCCGGUCUCCGAAGUGACUGGGAACCCGGAGGGGCCCGGCUGAUGUCAGGCACGUCCGGGGUGCAGCCCGUGGGCCCAGAAGCAGCCCCGCCACGGCUGUUGACCCCCGACAGCAGCCACGUGAGUUAGGUCUCUCGCUAGCUCUCCAUCCCAGUGUGCGUCGCCAUCGUCCUCACACGCGUCUCGUUCACGGAGUGGACGCUUACCCGGCUCUCAGCGCGACCCGCGCGCCUGGGCAGGCUGAGGCGCUGUCAGAG